UCCAUUUGCCUUCAGAUCUGAUUAUUUUAUUAAAACUUCUGUUUGUUCAAUCACUCUCUCCUCCAUUUGUCAAUUUCCAGAUUUUGAAUCUCCACCGCUUCAUGCGAUUCGGUCACUCGUCAGAGACUGAGGGAUUGACAUUACUCGAAAUUGAGUUUCCGUUGGCUCUGUUUGGAUUCUGGUAAAAUAUUUACAGCAGUAAAUUUUUGCUUUGGUUUGGAUCAGGAGUUGUGUGAUUCACUUCUGGAGGUGGAAUCAUUGAUCCGUAAUAAGGAAUUGAAAUUCAGCUCGGUUUUUGUAUUUUUUAUAUAUACUGGUUCUGGUGGAUUUAUUGUGAACUUUGGAUUUUGUUCUAUUUUUUUCUCUGUUGCUUGUGAUGGUUAGCAGAAGAUUGCUGCUGAAGGAGUGUAGAGUAGGGGAUUUCGAUGCUUGCUGGGCUUAUCCAGAUUUACUGUAACAUAUGCAGAAGCUCGUAUGUGAUGAUAGGUUAUGGUUUUCGCUAUUCUUGGAGAUUUAACUAAAGGGGUUGGCGAUUUUGUGGAUUUCCAAUCUUUUAACGUUUGAAAUUUUGGACAUGAGAAGCCCCUGGCUCAAUAAACUGUCUGUAAUUUUCGGUCCUAGACCGCCUUUCAGCUGGUUGUUAUUGUGCUUUGUCAGUGUGCUUGCGCUGAUUGCAGUCUUUGGAUCGUCUUCCUCUAAUUCCUUUGACUCUGUACCUUCCACUCCGGUACCUGAGAUCUAUCCAAACUAUAGAAGGCUAAAGGAGCAAGCGGCAGUUGAUUAUUUUGAGUUGAGAACUAUUGCGUCGGGAGCUAGUCGACAAAGGGAGUUUGGUCUUUGUAGCAAAGAAAGAGAAAAUUAUGUACCUUGUUACAAUGUGACAGAAAAUACGAUAUUAGGGUUUAAAGAUGGAGAGGAGUUUGAUCGGCAUUGUGAAGUGUCUGGGCAAGGAAACUGGUGUUUAGUUCGUUCUCCAAAAGAUUAUAAGAUCCCACUCCGUUGGCCUGCUGGUAGGGAUGUGAUAUGGAGUGGCAAUAUCAAGAUAACAAAAGACCAAUUCCUUUCUUCUGGAAGUAUGACAAAAAGAAUCAUGUUGCUAGAAGAGAAUCAAAUUGCUUUCCAUCCCGAGGACGGCUUAAUCUUUGAUGGUGUCAAAGAUUAUUCUCGCCAGAUUGCAGAGAUGUUGGGACUGGGAAGUGACUCCGAAUUUUUUCAAGCCGGUGUGCGCACUGUACUCGAUAUUGGUUGUGGAUUUGGAAGUUUUGGAGCUCAUUUAGUUUCACUCAAGUUAAUGACUCUUUGUAUUGCUGCAUAUGAGGCAACUGGAAGCCAAGUUCAACUAGCUCUUGAGAGAGGUCUUCCAGCGAUGAUUGGCAAUUUCGUAUCAAGACAACUGCCAUACCCAUCACUAUCAUAUGACAUGGUUCAUUGUACUCAGUGCGGUAUUGUUUGGGACAAGAAAGAGGGGAUGUUCCUUAUGGAGAUGGAUCGGUUACUCAAGCCUGGAGGUUAUUUUGUUUUAACCUCACCGACAAGUAAGCCACGAGGAGGUUCAACAGGUAUGAAGAAAAGAAACAUGUUAACGCCACUAGAACAAUUUACGGAGAAAAUUUGUUGGAGUCUUAUUGCACAGCAGGAUGAUACUUUCAUCUGGCAGAAAACUGUUGAUGCACAGUGCUAUUCUUCUAACAGGAAGAAUGAUGUACCCCUCUGCAAAGAAGGAUAUGAUGCACCCUAUUAUCGGGCCUUGGUGCCAUGUAUUACUGGAACUUCCAGCAAACGCUGGAUUCCUAUUCAGAACAGGUCCUCUAGCUCAGAUUUGAGCUCAGCGGAGCUUGAAGUUCAUGGAGUCAGUCAGGAGGAUUUCUUUGAAGACUUGCAAGUUUGGAAAUUAGCUUUAAAAAACUAUUGGUCAUUGCUUACACCAUUGAUUUUCUCUGACCAUCCCAAGAGGCCAGGAGAUGAGGAUCCUUUGCCUCCAUUUAAUAUGCUACGCAAUGUGAUGGACAUGAAUGCUCAUUAUGGGGGCUUGAAUGCUGCAUUACUGGAGGAAAGGAAAAUGGUGUGGGUGAUGAAUGUGGUGCCUGUUAGAGCACGCAAUACGCUUCCUCUCGUUCUUGACCGAGGUUUCCUUGGUGUCUUGCACGACUGGUGCGAACCCUUCCCAACAUAUCCUCGAACGUAUGACAUGCUUCAUGCAGAUGGACUCCUCUCACUGCUUACUUCAGAGAGGUGCGGUUUGAUGGAAUUAUUUAUAGAGAUGGAUCGAAUUCUUCGUCCCGAGGGCUGGGUCGUGCUCUCUGAUAAAUUAGGAGUUAUAGAGUUGGCGCGUGCACAUGCUACACAAAUACGAUGGGAUGCGAGGGUGAUCGACCUUCAGAACGGCAGUGAUCAGCGCCUACUUGUCUGUCAGAAACCUUUUCUGAAGAAAUGAUUGAUUGAGCACCGAAAGGUCUCAAGCCUGCGGAUUGUAAACUUUUCUUGAUCUGAGGAUGAACUGUCUGUGGCAUGACAACCCGAGCUAUGCUCCAUAGUUUCAAGCUGUUCGAUAUUAAUGACCGAAGGAGCAUGGUGGAGGAUUGUAGAUGAGCUUAGAAACGAGGUUUGCUGCUAAAGCAGCCGUGGUUCGUUUUCUUUGCCAAGGUAUUUGUAGCCAAUUCAUUCGUCCACAUUAUUUUUUCGCCUCGGUCUUAAUUUUGGGUUUGUUGAUUUCUUUAUUAUUUCGAUAUCGAACUCUCCUUGCACCGAACCAUACAAUUUUAUUGCUGUGCAAUGCCCAUGAAAUGUGAUAAUUACAA